UUCUACUUUAAGACAGUCAGUUUGAGUUCCCUCCCACUGAGAACAAGCUGCCAACAAGCCACUCCUUCAGAGAAUUGUCAGUUUGUGCGGAAGAAAAUGGCUCACGAUCAGGAACUGUUUGACUGCUCCAUCUGUUUACAGGUUCUGGAGGAUCCAGUGACCACCGCCUGCGGACACAGUUUCUGUAUGAAAUGCAUCAACACCUUCUGGGACACAAGAAACAACAGAAGAGGAACUUACAGCUGCCCUCAGUGCAGGCAAACUUUCAACACGAGGCCUGUUCUGAAGAGGAGCACCGUUCUGUCUCACCUGUUGGAGGAACACAAGAGGACGGCCAGUGAAAAUGCUGCCGCUGGUGAUGAUGACGAUAAUGAUGUUGAUGGUGACAACUUUGCUGCUCCUGGAGAUGUCCCGUGCGACGCCUGCACAGGGAGGAAACAAAAAGCUUCCAUGUUCUGUCUGGUGUGUUUGGCCUCUUUCUGCAGGACUCAUCUGCAGCCUCAUUUUGAGGUGCCGCCUCUUAAAAAGCACAACCUGAUUCAAGCCUCCGCGAGGAUCAAAGAGAGCAUCUGCAGCCGUCACGACAAACUCCAGGAGGUCUUCUGUCGCACCGAUCAGCAGUUCUUGUGUCUGAUGUGUGCUGUGGAUGAACACAAAGGACACGACACCGUGGCGGUCUCGGCAGCAAAGUGUGAAAUGCAGAGAAAGCUGGAAAAGUCUAAACAGGACAUUGCAGACAGGGUUCUGGUCUCACAGAGGAAAAUAGCAGAGCUGAAGGAUGCUGCAGAUUCUAUAAGAGACGCUGCCUGGCAGGCCUGUGAUGAUUUUGAGCGACGGAGCCUGGACUACAUCCCCGUAUACAUCCGCUACGUGAAGAGGAAAUGCUCCGAGAUGAGAGAGAAAGUGGGAGAAGCAGAGAAAGCUGGAGUGGACUGGACCACGAGUCGCCUCAGGAAGCUGCAACGUGAAGUGUUCGAGCUGAGGAGGAGAGAGAAUAAACUCCAGCAGCUUUCACAGACAGAUGACCCCGUCCAGUUUCUUAUGGGUUUCCAGGCCCUGGAUGACCUCCCUGUGUUCACUGACUCAGAUGAGGGAUUUGACCUGACACAGUUUGUUUCUGCACAAAAAGAUAAAAUGAAGAAUAUGUGCGACAAAGAAAGCAAUGAGUUAUUAUGUAAUUCUGGGGAGAUUGUGUCAAAAACAUCAAGACUGCGUGAGGAGAUACCAUCAAGGGCCAACUUUUUGCGCAGAUACACCAAAGUGACGGUGGAUCCCCGCACAGUGGCUGCAUGUCUUCACCUGUCUGAAACAAAGACAGAGAUGUCGUGGGGUGACAGCAUUCAGGCUCUUCCCCAUGCCGACAGAUUCACCCACUUCCACCAGGCUCUGGGUGAAAAGGGCCUCGAAGGGAAACACUACUGGGAGGUGGAGUGGGACGGAGGCAUCGUUGAGGUGGCUGUGUCAUAUAAAGGCAUUGAAAGAAACGGCUCAGGCAAACAAUGCUGCUUUGGUCACAAUGAUCUGUCCUGGAAACUCAUCUGCUCUCCUUCUGGCGGCACGUUUUGGCACAAUAAUCUCCACAGAAGUGGAAUAGCUCCAGUUCGCUCCCGCAGAGUCGGCAUACGGCUCGAUUAUAAAGCAGGAAAUCUGAGCUUCUACAGUGUUUUUCCCCCUGACAGGUUGAUGCUGUUGCACCGAGUCCAGACCACCUUCACUGAGCCUCUCUAUCCAGGGUUCGCUGUUCAUUUAGGGGCAACGCUUAAAAUAUGCCACAUGUAAGUCUGUCCUCAUUAAUAAGCAUCAUUUGCAGGACAUUUUACGUUCAGUAAUAGAUAAAAAACUGUACGAAUAAUGUGAACAUGAACAAGUUUUACAAAUCUGCAUGUGAGAAAGACAUUUAUGUAUACUGGACUAAAUAGAAAGCAACAUAUAUUAGAGGUCCUUUGUUCUGACAGAGACCAAAAAUACAGACAUUUUCAUUUAGCCGUUUUUUUUUUUUUUUUUUAAAUAAUAUUUUUUCUUUUAACUUUAAAAUGCCAAAGAUAGUCUUCUUGAAAAAGCACAAGUCCAAUGUUUAAUACCAUUGUUCAUUGGUCGAAUCAUUUCUUCUGUUAAUUGAAAGAUCUGAUUUCAACGUGCUUUUUUGUAAUAGAUGGAGGCCAAAAUCCACACUCGUGUGUAAAAAAAAAUGCAUGAAUAUGUACAGAUAAUAGGAGAUUUCAGUCAUGUGAACUAAAUAAUAAUAGACAUUUUCCAGGUUUAUAGUCUUUUUGAUGUCUUUUGAUGUAAUAUCUUUAAAUGCAACUAAAGAUUAUACUACAUGUAUUUUUCUUUUGCUGCCUUUAUAAAUGCUUUUGAAUAUAUGUGUUAGUGUCAGUGACGCUAACCUUUACUAUACAGCAUUCCUUCAACUUUUACAAGCUGUUAAUAUUGUAAUUUUGGUUGUAGGUAAUAAUUUAAUUGUUAAUCAGCAUUUCAAAUUGAUGUUUUAGCAUAUUCUAUGAUUCAUCUUGUCUAUUUUCCUUUAAGAGAAGGUUGUACCCUGAUUUUUAUUUUAUAUUUUAGGCUAGUUAAAGCAAAUUUCUACUGUUGUAUGCUGGAAAAGGCUUUGUUAUGUUUAAAUCCUCUGCAGUUGUAGCUGCUGCUGUGAUUAUUCUGUCUUUUAAUGAU